AUGGAAGGCAGACGGCCGCUUGUCCUUACAAAAUUCCCCACAGACGAAGGGGAAAGUCAUUCCCGUCUCGUCUGGAUUGAGCGCUUCCUUUCUUGGCGUGCAGAUGAGACGGUGAGGAGCGGUCCAAGCUGCUGUUCAGUCUGUAGACAAGCCCAGCCCAGGAAUUGCAAUAGGCCGUCAUUCUUUUCACCCCAUCGUGGACAGACUAGCUGUCAGGCCAAUUAA